GCAGCAUCACAGGCGAGGGGCGAGUCGAGCUUACCAUGCUUGCAACACUUGUCGCCGUGUUCGUUCUAUUCACGACAGCUACAGCCACCGCUGCGUUCGUUGAUGACGCCAACAAUGCAACCAAGCCCAUCGACAUUGGCGUCGACGUCGGUGCCUAUAUGUACCAAAGGACUACGUCGCCAGUUCUUGUCUACAAUGCAUCCGUGGACGACGCUGGGGCCGAGUUUCUUUCGCUGCGAUUCACUGCUUUCAGCAUUCCAAGUUCCGACUAUGUGGUGCUGCGCGCCAUGAACGGCUCCGUUGCUCAAGUUUACUCGUACGCAAUGGUCGACGUCUCGACGGUGCCAUUCUUUUCGGUCCCAAUCUUCAGCAACCGCAUGCGUCUCGAAGCUGUCGCGCGGCUUUUGGUCAACGAUGCCGCAGGCGUGAAGUGGUGCACAGGCUGGCUCGUCGGGUGCCAGAAUCACGUGCUCACCAACUAUCAUUGCAUUUCCAGUCAAGCCCAAGCGACCAUGACGACGUUUGACUUCCACGCUUACAGCCCCGUGUGCGAUAAGAACGUUUGCAGUACAGCCGGAGCGUGCCCUGGUACGAGUAUUGUGUACGGUGGCGAACUCGUCGCAUCGUCGCAGAGCCUCGACUAUGCGCUUGUUCAACUCAACGUCUCGAUCGCCAAAGGCAACUACCUCAGGCUUCAAAACUUUACUAGCGUUGGUGGCCCGCCAAUUUACAUACCACAGCACCCGUUUGGCCAAGGCAUGCUUGUCGGGAUCAAGACGCCGUCGACGGGCAACGGUCAAGUACUCACAAGCUCGUAUGCCAAUUGCGGCAUGAACAACCUCUUGGGGUACAUGGUUCCAACUGCGCCAGGGUCAUCGGGGUCUCCAAUCAUUGCUUACAGCAAUGUGGUCGUCGGCAUGCACGCGUGUGGUGGUACGCAUCUUGCGUUAUACUAG